AUGGCUGUUCGUAGUCCCUGUAGAUAUAAGUUAUUAGGUGUAUCAUCCAUAACCAUAAUAAAUGUCCUUGUAUUGGCGAAUAUUAUUAAAGUUUCAUCAGUGGUGUUGGUUGGUCUGAGGAAGCAUCAGCAGCAGCAGAAGCACAACAUUGACAAUGGGUACCACAGCAGACCAAUAGUGAGAGGCAACGAGAGCUGUUUGUUCGUGGGGUCAUGGGUUCCCGACCAAAGCACUACUCCCCUCUACGACUUCUCGUCUUGUCCCGUAAUCGACCCCCAAUUCAACUGCCAAAUGUACGGAAGACCCGACACCGAUUACCUCAAGUACCGGUGGCAGCCCUCCAAUUGCCAAAUCCCCCGGUUCGAUGGUGCAGAGUUUGUGAAGAGGAUGCGAGGGAAGAGCAUAAUGUUUGUCGGGGACUCAAUUGGUAGGAACCAAUGGGAGUCACUGAUUUGUAUGAUAUCAUCAGACACACAGAUGAGCAUGAGCAUCAACAGGGGAGACACAAUCUCCAGCGUCAAAUUCUUGGAGUAUGGGUUAACGGUGUCGUUUUACAAGGCGCCGUACCUCGUUGAUAUCGACAUGAUGGAGGGUAAGAGAGUGCUGAGGUUGGGGGACAUAAGGGGGAAUUCCAAUGCCUGGACUGGAUUUGGAGUUGAUCUUCUUUACUUCAACACAGGGCAUUGGUGGACUCACAAAGGAUCUCUACAGGGCUGGGAUUAUGUGGAGUCCGACGGGAGACUAUACCAAGAUAUGGACCCACUGCUGGCUAUGGAAAAAGCCCUCACCACUUGGGCCAAAUGGGUCGACGCUAAUCUUGACGUUACUAAAACCACGCUUUUCUUCCAAGCUAUUUCUCCUUCACAUUACGAAUUUAGAUGGCGACAGAGGUUUUACGGCCCCAGGAGAUUUUACGGCCCAGGUUCGGAGUCCAUCUGGCGCCGUUCCGACGAUCUUAUGAAUCAGAGGCAGAUCCAGUCGCCGCCGCCGCCGGCCGACGUCUACGCCGGAUCCGCGUUCGCCCUGUCGCCGUCUCCUAGAUCCGUCCCCCUGCCUUCGUUCUUCAUCCGGAAGGACUCGAACGACGGCGCCACCAGGAAAGGCAAUUUGGAAGAAAAUGGAUUGAAGACCCUCAGCCCAGGAAAGAUGAGUGGAAUUUAA